AUGGAAAGACCUACACUAUCAACAACUACCAAAAAAGAUGAUUCCCAAGAUAUCAAAAAAGAUCAACAAAAUCUUUCACUUUCUCCACAACAACUUCUUGUUGUUAUAAUCUCUGAUGUUUCUUCUGAAGAAUCCCCUCCAGUUGAAGAUCUUACUUUAACUAAUUCUGUUGUAAAUGAUCCUACUACUACUACUACUACUACUAUUACUACUGGUCUUGUUAAUCACCCACCACCAUCUGUCCUAACUGACCCACAAUCUUUACUUACUGAUAAGCAACAACAACUACCUUUAUUAUCUUCUUCAUCAUCACAUACUACUACUACUACUACUACUACUACUACUACUUCUUCUUCUUCUUCUAAUGCUACUGAUAAAAUUCAACCAGUUAAUUUUCAAAUCAACUUUAAAAAUAAUUCCUCUAAUAAAAAAAAUCAAUCCUUCUCUCCAAAUAUCUCUAUAAACUCACGUCCCAAUGGAAAUACCCAAAGAGGUAGUAGCAGCAACAGCAGCAACAGCAGCAACAGCAACAGCAGCAGCAACAGCAACAGCAGCAACACUACCCUCUGGCACCCGUGCGGCGUCAAACCUACCGUUGCUCAGGAAAACCCUGCAACAUCCCACCUGUCUGCCUCUUCUUCUUCCUCUUCUUCUUCUUCUUCUUCUUCUUCUUCUUCUUCUUCUUCUUCUUCUUCUUCUUCUUCUUCUUCUUCUUCUUCUUCUUCUACUUCUUCUUCAUCAUCGUUGUCUGAUUCUUCUACUUCCUCUUCUUCUCCUUCUUCUCCUUCUUCCUCUUCCUGUUCAUCUCCAAAAAUGGCUUUCACAAAAUCCCCUGCUCCAUCGCCUCCUCAACAACGACGACCCUCCUCUGCAGAACGUCUUCAGCUUGCUGCCCAACGUAGACAAGACCGUCUAGCUCAUGCUCAAGCAGCCCGUGAUAAACAUCAUGCUCAUGUCCGUGCUGUCCAUUACCGUAAGGCUGAAAAAGAUUUCCAAGAUGCUGAAUCUAUUCGCGCAUCUCUUCGCAUAAAACAAGACCGUGCAUCUGAACUUCGUGCAGCUGUAGUAGAGUCUAAACGUGCAGUUGCCGUAGGUCUUGUGGCUGCAGCUACCAGACAUAUGACCAAAUACCACCGCAAUGAAGAAGAAAAAGAUGCUGAUGAUGCUAAUGAUGCUCAAAAGGCUCAAAAGGCUCAAAAGGCUCAAAAGGCUCAAAAUAGACCUACUACUAAUGAAAACAAACCUUUGACAAGUUUUACAAAAGAAAAAAUUACCAGACUCACUGUUAAACAUGGAAAUUCACUUAAAAUACACCCUCCUCUUCAAAAUAAUUCAUUACCUUCACUUGAAUCUCGAAAGCAUCAAGCAUCCCUGAUUGUGGGUAAUGCAAUUAUCAAUUGGCGCUAUUCACGUACUGCAAAAUCAGUUCUUUCUGAUGCCCCAUACUUUGCAAUUUGGGGGGGAUCCUCGUACUCAACAAACCAUGCCAUUGAUAACCAGCCAUAUACAUUUGGCACUUUUGCCACUUUUAGUACCCGCGGAGCAUGUCACCAAUGGCUUGAGCGUGCCCUUCAAACUUCCCAUCUCUUGGCCGUGGCAGACCGCUUUGUCCGAGUGUUUUUGCGUACCACAAGAGCCCCUCUUGAUGCUGCCACCUCAACUGCCACCUCAACUGCUACUACUUCCACAAACACUGUCCCGUCAAUGGCUCUAAUGGCCCCUAAAAUCCUCCUCCUUGCAUUUCUCUUUUCUCACCACGGUUCCCUCAUUGGUGUUGGGCCCAAAGUACAUGCUGCUGCUCUCCGUCUUGGCCGAUCAGUUGAAGCUGUGCUUCAUGCCCCAACCCGUCGUGUUUUCCACAUGUGCCUAUUUGUCGACUAUGUCCACUUUUACUCAACUUUUGGCCGCUGGAAAAUUCAUGACUUUGAUUCCCUCGCCAAUUCUCUAGCAGAUACUAUUGCCAUUGGCGUUAAACUAUAUUCCAGCACAGCACAGGCUGCCUACCAACAUGGGACUGUCCCAGCAGCUGAGGCUCAACAAGUGCUAGCCGGACUUGAUGUCCAGCAUGCAGCCAACUUUAAGCACCUGGCCCAUCUUACAGGCACAGACGCUGCACGUGCGCUUGUCUACUCUGAGUUGGCACGAUGUGGGUUUUUGGAAAUUUUGACUAGCGUGCUGGAGCAGCAUGGAUACCGGUCGCUUGAGGAAAUUGCAAGUGCCAUUGCUCAAGAAGCUGCAGAGUCGCAAGAAGGAUCAUUAGCUGGAUUAUCAUCAUCAACAUCAACAACAACAACAACAACAACAACAACAAGCAUGGACAUUUUGGGGAUCCGGCACUCACACAUGCGUGCAUAUGCGUUCCAAACAUUGAUUGACAGUCACUUUUUGCUAGGUUAUUCUUGGACACGAUCUAGCUUGUAUGACCCGUCGGCUUACUCGGAUACGAGGCACCCUGCAGAGCUCAUGAAGCGGCAACUCCGGGGGGAGUCUGUAGAAAACGGUAGUGGAAGCGGUAGCGGUAGCGGUAGCGGUAGCGGUAGUGGUAGUGGAAGUACCAAUGAAUUAUUUGUUGCUGAGGUUGUUGCAUACUUUGCCGAUUCGGUGGCUGCUCUACUGGAAAGUUCAGGCCAUGACGCCUCGCCGUUGCGCGUUGAUAGGGAUCUCGUUGCGCGGCAGGUUGCUGCAGGAACAUUUGAUGCUCGCGCACAGUUUCACGUUUUGUUUGAGGCGCUUGAACAUAGUGGUACAGCAGACCGCGCAGACCGUGCACGGCUACUUCGCAACGUCCAGCGCAGAGUGUACCGAGGCAUCAAGCCAGGGACAUCUCAGGCCACAAUGUAUCUAUCACUAGUUCCUCUUGUGGAAUUUCUUGAAGUGUUGCAUGUAGAUGCUGUUAAUUUGUCUCUUGUACGUAACCGUGAAGAGGUGGCUAAGAUGGCGACGCUGGUUGAACUUGGAGCGUUUGUGGAAGAUUUAAGAGAAGGCCAAGUACGUCUAACAUUUUUGGAGCGUUGGGCAAGUGAAGAGCAGCAGGCAGCUGGAGGCAAAUUAACGACGAGUAUAUUAAAGGCUGAUGCAUUUGAGCGCCGAUUUUAUUCGUUUAUGACGAGCCCCAAGGUGGAUAGGGCAACAGGUAAUUUGGAUCUUAGCGAUCUGCCAGAAAUAUUUACACAGUGUCGUCGUUUGGUUGUGGAUUAUAAGCUUGAGUUACGCGAUAUUACGGCGGCUAGUGCACUUCUUUCGUCGGUGGCAUUUGUUUUGGGUGCUCGGGCAACUCGUCUAGUGGACAUGGUAAGACUUAAGAAUGUGUUGGUUGAGGCAUUACGUACGGAUAGCGAUGUACAUGGGAGUGGAGUUGCCGGGACACUUGGGAUGGCCAAGUAUGUUGCUAAAGUGUGUAAUGCGAUUGUUGGUGGGAUUAAUAAUGGUGAUUCUGCUACACAAGUAUGUGAGCUUGUUGUUGCGUCAGGAGUAUUAUUGCCCGAGUAUACAGCGAAUGGGGUGAUGGAAGAUGUUGAAGAGAAGGAUGGUGAGAAUGAUGAUGAUAUUUAUUGGAAUACGGGGGAACCUUAUGGAAUUGUUGAUGUUGAACAAAGAGAGAUAAAAAGUACGGAUCUGAGGAUUAUUAGGAAUCCUAGGAAAUGGUUGGUACGCCGGGUAUGGGGGGUUACACGACGAAGUGGUGAUGAUGCAAUGAUGAGGGCAGCAUUAAAAGUAAUGGAAAGACAAUUGGUUAAUAAAAAUGAUGAUGAUGAAGAGACUGGUUUACGAAUGUUUGAAGAGGAAAGCCAGGUGGUUGUGAGACGAGUACGACGGUUAUGGCAGGUUGUAAGUGGGACAUAUGCGCCAGUGCUUGAGGCAAUGUAUCGGGACGCGCGGCUGUGGCACGGGUAUCUGGCAUAG